GAAGACGCCGUUUCGAACGGCCACGUUUUCCAUGUUCUCCGGGGAAAAUUUAUCGGCCGCUGGCCGAGGAAACGUUAUGACGUCUGAUAACGUUACAGAAGACUACCGGAUAAUCCUGCCACGUCUGACAUCAGGUAACCUGAGCCUGAAUUCCGUUUUCUUGCAUGGGGACCUCUCGGCGCGCCCGUAUCGAGCUCCUGAUUUUCGAGACGCCCUACGUGGCAUCGUCGAAUUGAAGGACGUUGUGAGCCUCGGACAGUUCCAGAUGUCUCACGUCUGGAUGCUGACGUGUGUCAACGCUGUUACCAAGGCAAAGCUCGUCGCUCAACGAGAGCUCUGCGUGAAAGGCCGAAAGUGCCUCAUCAUUGACCCGGACAAGCAAGAAGUAAACCUAAAGCUUCUUUGGCUUCCACAGCAUCUAGAGGAUCGACGAGUUAUCGAAGCUCUCGCCCCGUUUGGCAAAGUGCGAUCGAUCAAGAGAGAAAAAUGGAGGUGCAGCGAGCUUGAGCACAUGGAGACUCUAAAUCGAGAGGUAGUACUGGUAUUAGGGGAUGGUGUCAAUGCCAGUCAGAUACCACAUCUCCUUCAAGUCUACGGAUGCCAGAGCCUCGUCCUUAUUCCUGGCCGACCUCCGCUGUGCUUGCGCUGCAACAAAGUGGGACAUAUUCGACGCUACUGUAGAACACCGAGGUGCUCCAACUGCCGGCGGUAUGGUCACCAAACUGAGGAGUGUGUCAACGGCGCCACCUAUGCGGACAUGUUACGACAACGUCAAACACACGAAGAUGACACAGCGGCGGAGCUCCUAAUGGACGUCAGUGAGGUAGCUGACGUCACCGGGGAAUUGCCACCCGUUGAAUCGGCCCAUCCUUCAGGAGACGCACGGCCCGGGGACAGUACAGACACCCAGCCAUCACAAAACAUCGACAAGAAUGAAGUAUUUCCAGUGUUGGAACCUGCAGCAUCCCCAAACACCAGCACCACACAGAAUGCGCACGUGGAACCUGAUGCGACUCCCGUACCGACUGUCUCCAAGGCUCCGACUACACCUCAGCACGCAGUUAGCGAGGACGGCCCUUCCUCGAGCAGCAGCCAACCACUCAAGCGACCGGCACCGGUUGACACAGAGGCACCUUCGUGUUCAAGCGGGUCGUCAACACUACUCAACCGUGUUGGCGACGGAGACGUCGCCAAAAAGAAGGCAUCGGGGUCCCGUGCCAAGCCGAAUGCGAAGCCAGGAGCUACCUCAAGUGUGACGAGUGUCGUUCAACGCUGA